CAUCAUAUACACCAGAUCAUCAUACAGUAUCCUACAUACAAAUGUUUCGUACGAUGACAGGAGAACUGUAUCGCUUAGGCUAGUCAGCUACACAACAACAGUACCACCAGAAGUGGCAAUGUUCCGAGUGAUGACGGCAAGAUGGCUUUUGACGCCACCGUUGGGGGACGGUUGAUGGGAGACGGCGAUGGGAUGGUGUUUUCGCAUACUUUGGCGAGUGUAUACGCCGGAGUGCCGCCGACGGUACACGACAGCCCCGCGAAGUACCGGACAGCUUGGACGCACGGAUCCAGCAUGCAGAGCGGGGCCCAGUCGGCAGGCCCGGCGGGGGGGGAUUUGAGGUUGGCGGCCACGAGGCACUGCCGGAGCUGGUCUGGAUACGCCAGCGGGGUGUCGUCUAAAGCGCACUCGGUGGUGGAAUUCGUGAGGACGGACGGGGGGUUCGUUGGGGGGCGAGUGGUCAGACCAACAUCACAAUACCGGGCGAUGGUGGAGGCAGGGGAUCCAUUGAUGGAGCAGUUUAGCGGCGUGAAUAGCUUGGUGUAUUGGACGCAGAUGUCGUACUUACAAAAGAUAGAGGCUGUGGUGUUGGUCACGCUGUUUACACCAGACAGGAGUUGGCACUGCUUGAGGUGCGGGGCAAAUGCCGAAGUGUCGGAUGGCGUGCAAGCGGACGAAUUGGUGGCGUUGGGACGGCACAAGCUACCGAUGACUGUAACUGGCUCGUUGUUGAUAGUGCAGUUCAUGGAUCCCAUAGCUGCGAUCAUGUUGCGGCACGGGUUGAACACGCAGGACCGUUGAAUCUCUUCGAGGGUAGCAUUGGUCAAUGACAGCUUGGACUCGGCGAUACAUGCGUUAACGUCCGUCGCGAGUGGAAGCACGUCGGCCGAUUCGCAUUCGCGGCCACUGACGACUGCAAAGCCUAAGGCGGCGACAGCACCCGCGAUCCGCAUCAAUAUGCAGUGCGUCCAGCACAGGCAACUGUUG